AUGGUCUCGAUCGAAGCUCAAUGUCAAUGCUCUCAUCGCACCGAGGAUAUUGAUAUCCUGAUUCAUCGCGCAUCCAUCAAAAGUGAAGGAAUACCUGAUACCGCGGAACGGCCAAGGCUGCAGUACGAGGAGAGUCUGGUGUCCAAUUACACCGAUCUGGGAGCUCAAGGCUUACGAAAUGCCGACCAGCGGGGAUCAACAAGAGUCGCCACAAUUUCAUCUAAUGUCAUCGACGAGAGCGUACCUAUUCAAGAUCGUCUUCUCGAUAUUUUGGAGAAUGUACCAGGACAUAAUGAGAGAAAGGGUUUCUUUCCGAGGGGACUUCUGGACGUCCUGAUAACUGAGAAAUGUGUCAAGGAAGUGCUUGAGGCCAACCUGGGAGAUACUAUUCCCCCACAAGUCAUCGACGAUCUCGCGAGGAAAAUCUGUGGGGCUACGCCUGUCCACAACGCUGACCCGCCAUGUUCGUCUUUCAAAAAGAUCUUCGUCACUCUUGUUCUCAGCGAGAGAAUCAAAGCUAUUCCGCUUUUUAUCGCGGAAAAUGUUACGGAUGAUGACCUCCCCCUACGAAAGAUACCUUUGAGUCGUCCAAAGUUCUUCACUCUUGGCAGACGGAUCGACAGUUCCGAGCCAACGCAGGAUGAUCUUACAUGCUUUGGAACAUGGACGUCUCUGGACAUUCGAAAAUUUGAAGAAUGGCAGUGGACGACUCUAGCCCCCUUUUUUCAUCCGCCUAAGCACAAGGAUGUCGCUCAUUUUAUUCUGUCGGACCAGAUUCCCUUGCCAUUCACAGAAGACAGCCGCUACAGCGAUGAAAGUGACGAAGAUAGCAUUCAGAGACGCCGGGAAUUUGAUGGUGGUUACAGUAGUGUUUUCAAGGUAAACAUACACCCCGACCAUCAUGCCUUUCACACUCAUUUCAACCCGGAUCAAGGCUUCGCCAUCAAACGUCUUUUUUCUAAGGACAGGCAGGUGUUUCAGCAGGAAGCAGGAACUCUGAUGAAGUUCAGCGGCGACCCCCACCCACACCUGAUUUCUCUACUGGCAACCUACGAACGGUUCAACCAAUUUUACCUCGUAUUCCCCUGGGCCGACGCGGACUUGCGGGACUACUGGUCCAAGGUCACACCAAAACCAUCAUUCCAACACGAAACCAUCAUGUGGGUGGCGACUCAAUGCCGAGGAAUCGCACAAGGUCUGCUCAAGAUACACAAGUACGAGAGCAGUAUGUCCAAGAAAAGCGGACUGCUGUACGGCCGGCACGGCGAUAUAAAGCCCGAGAAUGUGCUUUGGUUCCGUGACGCAAACAGAGAGGACAACAUGGGCACGCUCAAAAUCACAGACUUCGGACUGACAGAGUUCUCGAAACACAAGUGUGACCUCGAAGGCGUUCCGAUCGGACGGUCUUACGACAUAUGGACCUUGGGUUGUCUCUACCUGGAGAUGGUAGCAUGGCUCUUGGGUGGCUGGAAGCUGGUGCAAAGCUUCCAUAACAAAAGACUUGCAGUUGAUCAUCUAUGGCCAGACAUAGAAUCUGAUACCUUUUUCGAACUCGUCCGGGUGAAGGACUCGAAUUCUAUUGCGGCAACGGUGAAGCCUGCUGUGAUAGAGAUGUAG